AUGCCUUCACUCUCGUCUCUCAAAAACAGGGUCAAUGCCGCCAUCCCCCAGCAGCGGCCGGGGGGCUUCGGCCGUCCCCAGAGUGGUGGCGAUCACCAACGGAAAGCAGAGGAUGACCAGUCGUUGGGGACACUCCUCACGCGCGAAGAGCGUGCAGACUUGACACUCCUCAUCUCUCAGACCAUCGAGGAGAUGCGGAGGAGUCUUGUGCGAGUAUUUGAUGAGCGGCCGAAACCUAAACCGAAAGCGGACCCUACGGGAGUGGGAGAAGCUGAACCAGACAAGGCCGCAGCCGAGGUCUCGAAGUUGAGCUUGUCGGCGCAGCAGGGUGAGCAGCUUGAUGAACAGUCUCGAGGGGCUUCGGAGAGUCCGGAAACCCCUGCUGAUGAGGACGAGCCUCGUGGCGUCGAAGCAGAAACGCAAGAUACCCUACUGACGACGCCCACUCCUGAAUCCAAAGCGUUGAAGGGUGCGGCUCUGGCGUUUUUCGAUAUCUGGGCUGAGAGCGUUAUCCUACGCGUCGGCGAGGUGGUCAAUUCUCGCGACGAAGCCGUGCAGAACAAGAAUCAUGAACAAGCUCGCAGACUUGCCACCGAGGCCGCUCAGCAACAGUACCAGCCGUCCAAUCUUGAACUGGAAGCCAACGGCAAGCUGUCCAAAAUGUUUCAACCAGUACAGACCCCGCUGGCAAAUCUGAGCCAAGCCGAACGCUCCACAAUAAUCAAGGCAAUCCUCCUCCUCCUGCUAAGUCUCGAAGCCUACCGUGCCCAUUCUCGCGUCCUCCUUGUACGUCUCGCCAUGUCCCUUGGCGUCAAUGUCGGAGAAGUGUCCAAGAUGGAGAAAGAUACGGCGUAUGGCCUUUUGACCGCUGCGGCGAAGAUGGAUGCCAGCGAAUCCACUCAGAAGGCUCAACAGGCAUCGUCUACGGCGAGGAAGUGGAAGAUCGGGGUUGCCGGCGUGGCUGGGGCCGCACUGAUUGGAAUCACUGGCGGGCUCGCUGCGCCUCUCCUGGCGGCUGGGGUGGGCACACUCAUGGGCGGCUCGGUGCUUGUGGGUGGCCUGUUCGGCGCCUACGGGGCGAGAAUGACCAGCCAGGCAAUGGACAAGUACUCGAAGGAGAUCGACGACUUUGCCUUCCUCCCCAUCAAUGGCCGAGAGGAUGACGCGGAAGAAGUCCAAAAACAGCGGCGUCGGCUGCGGAUCACGGUCGGCAUCUCCGGCUGGCUGACCGAGGAAGAACAGGUCACCUUGCCCUGGCGCGUGCUGGGCGAGGGCGGCGAACCGUUCGCGCUGCGGUGGGAGCUGCAAGCCCUGCUAAACCUGGGGUCCGCGCUGAAGGACUUUGUGGUCAGCCAGGCAUGGUCGCAGAUUCGGCGGGAGCUCAUCAAGCGCACCAUCUUCGCGGCCGUGUGGUCGGCGAUUAUGGCGCCGCUGGCAAUCCGCAAGGCCAUCAGGCUGGUCGACUCGCCGUUUGGCAUCGCCAAGAUGCGCGCCGUCAAGGCCGGCGAGGUGCUGGCCGACGCGCUCAUCAACCGCGUACAAGGGGAACGGCCUGUCUCGCUGAUCGGACAGUCCCUAGGCGCGCGGGUCGUCUACUCGUGCCUGCUGACGCUGGCCAAGCGCGGGGCCUUCGGCCUGGUCGACCACGUCGUGCUCAUGGGCGCGCCCGUCCCCGCCGACGCCGCGCAGUGGCGCGCCAUGCGCUCCGUCGUCGCCGGCCGCCUCGUCAACGUCUACUCCCGCCAGGACUACAUCCUCGCCUUCCUGUACCGCACCAGCAGCGCGCAGAUCUCGGUCGCGGGCCUGCAGGACAUUGACGGCGUCGUCGGCGUCGAGAACUUUGACCUCUCGGCCCGGGUCGACGGCCACCUCAAGUACCUGCACAUGACGGGCCCGAUUUUGAGGGAGAUUGGCUGGGUCGAUCUGGACGAGGACGUCCUCCGUCGCGAGGAGAUGUUGGUCGACCAGAUCGACCGGGACGAGAGGGCCAUCGAGGACCAGGGCGACGAUCCGGAGAAACUUGCCGUGUGA